AUGCUACAAGGAAUAUCAAAACACCCUCGCUGGUGCCAUAGCGAGAAUGCUUAUCUUGCAAGUAUUAUUAUGCACACAAUUGAUGGGAAAGAGGAGAGACGAAGAAUUGAGUCGGUUAUUGUUAGAAUGACAAUUGAACAAGCAAAACAUCACAUUGGUGGUGUCGCGUUUGCGCAGGACCCAUGGCCUAUCAGAACCUAUACCAUUGGAACCAUCAGGCAACGGCGGAGACGUAUUUUUAAUACACGCAAAGCAGCUGAUCGUCGUGGUGUCGAGAACUCCGCUAAGAAACACGCUAAGAAAACAGCUCAGAAACUACAGCCGCAAAUAGAACGAUUUAUCGUACCUUCCGGGGACUCCAUAGCAUCUUAUGACUUCAAUAUAGAAAUGCUUUUAGAAUGGCAACAAGAAGUCGAGGAGAUGAUGGCUCCCUUGAAACAGAAAUGGGCUGAAGAGGACCGCGCUAAAGCCGCCCAAUACCAAUCAGCAGUAACAGCCGCGGACGAAAUUCUGGGAGCUGAUUUCUGGACUCAAUCCCAGGAAGAUGCUGAUAUGGAAUGA